AUAGAACAACCCUAUAUCAAGCUGCAGCCAUGGAUGAAAUGGACCUGCCCCAGAUGAAGAAGGAGGUGGAGAGCCUCAAAUACCAGCUGGCCUUCAAACGAGAGAAAUCCUCCAAAACGGUCACCGAUUUGGUCAAGUGGAUUGAGGACGGUGUUCCCGAGGAUCCCUUUCUAAACCCAGAGCUGAUGAAGAACAACCCAUGGGUGGAGAAAGGCAAAUGCAUCCUCCUCUAGGGAGAAGAAGCAUACAUCCUCCCAGGACCACCCACGUCAACAGUAACCCUACAGAUGACCCCUGAAGCCGACCCGGACUGUGAGGGCAGUGGCCGGACAGCGCCCAAUGUGCCCUCACCAUAAAUGUACUACAGCUGUUACCCCCCAACUCACCCUAGACACAUGCACACACAACCACAAGGGCACAGAAACACUCACUGACAUUCGCACACAUCAUCGCUCUAAACCUUGUCUGACUCUUUCUCUGCAAGUUUAUUCCUUGCCACGGCAAUCUAGCAUUACUAUGAUAUGAGAGCAACAAUCAUUACUUGUACUGCACUGGUUUGUAUGAAUAUACUGUUUGAUUAUUUAUUUAUUCUACUGCCAAUUGCAAUCUUGUUUUUCUUUAAGUCCCACUUUAAUGCGUUAGUGAUGUAUAAUACAAUGUUGAAUCACAUUCUCACUGCCAGACUGACCGUAGGUGGAAGAAAUGUAACACUUUCAUUAUCAUUUAAAACAUUGUCAUAUUUGCUUACAUUUAACUAAAAUGAGAGAUUCCCCAAGUAAGAGAUUAGCAAAAGAAAAAGAACUUACUAAAACAGAAUUCACCAAUAAUAAUGCUUAACAGUGAGUAAGUAACUCUUUCAAUACAAACAUUUGCUUUUACUGUGUAAGUGACAUAGAUUGACAUAAAAAUACCGAUGUUAAGAAUAGCAGAGAAAGAUUUUGUAAAUCUUAACAGCUUAGCUAAACGUUAUCUGUUAUCAAACAGUUCAAUUUAGGUUCAAUCAGUGCUUACAAAACAGUCUGCAGAAUGGAGCAUGCAAGUGGAGAUGUUGAAGGACCCUUUUUAAAGUUUGGAAUAAAAAAAAGUCUUUUUGAGUAUCGUUGAUGAUGAACUGGUAGCCCACUUUGUGCAGAUUGCUUUCCAAGCAAGACCAACAAAUUAGCCAUUAUAAUGGGUUUUUAUAAUGCUACAGCUUCAGUUUCUUCUCCCAAUGCCACCAUAAAAUUCAAUUGCAAGCUAGGCAUUGAAACCAUGAGCUAUCUGCAUGAGCUGUCCUUUAAAAUACUAACACCUAUUAGUAUGGUAUUGGUAAUUAAACCUUUCACUAGAUUUGUAAAAUUUGUUUGGUUAAUUGUUUUUGAGACACUCUUGCUGUCUUUCCAGACUGAUGGAUGUUAGCAACAUUAUGUUUUGCUUUUUGAGAUCUUUUAGCCUACUUCAUGUUGUCAGAAAGGCACUACUCAAGUGAUUUCUUAAUGCUACAGAUCUGGCAGUCAUCACGCCUAGGGCUGAAAUAAAGAAAAAAAAAAAAAUCUACUUCAAAAAAUAUCUGUAGAGGUGCAGUGUGAGUUUUCAGUAUAAAAGCUAACUUAAUAAUUUAUUAGCUGUCCAGUCCUUACAAAGUGUAACAGCCAAGCAUACUGAAAUACAACAAAAUGUCUCUGGGUUUAACUCUGCCAGAGACAUUUUGUUGACUUUCUGUUCUGGGUUUAAAGUUAGCGUAGCAUAAACAUGGAAGUCAUUAAAUAUGGCUUAUUUAAAGAACAACAACCAAAAAAAAAAAUGAACUUUUGGACAAGUGAAAUACAAUUAAAAAAAAUAAAUAAAUCACCCCCCCACGAAUUGUAAAAAGACAUUUUGUCAUAGCAUUAUAUUUAAACACCUCACACUAUAAUAGUAGCACCUUUGCUGCAGCACACAGAGUAAAUGGUCACCAAAUUAUUCACCUGCCACACUGAAAAACACAAAGAGAGCAAAAGGAGUCAAAAUGAUUGGUAGUAGCUGUAGCUGUACAGUACUGUACAGUACCAGUAGCUGCCUGGACUGGGGCAGAGGGUGAAUAAUCCACUGCUUUGGGCUACAAAACACUUUCACAAUUAGUUAGGCCCAUGAGCUGCCCAAAAUCUAUUUCAUAAGCAUAAUGAAAACAUUUGUCUUAGAGGAUAUCAUAUAACAACACAACAAUCGAUGUAAAUGUAGCUAGCAGCCUGCUGCUUGCUAAGUGUGCUGCUACAGGUCCAAGUAGCUAAUGUUGCCCUGUGGUGUAAAAAUCUGACUUUUGCCCUAUGAAACUGUUCAACAAGAAGUCUCUUAAACGACCACUUUAGUUGUAACACUCUCCUAUUGAAUGUGGCUACUACAGCUGUGAGUAUACUUAGCGACGUUUGUGCAGACUAUGCUAGCACCCGAGCUGCUUCCGAAUCUAGCUUCCUGUUAUGUAUGACUGCUGCCCUUUUCAGAUAAAAAACAAACUUCAUUUCAAGGACAAUCAUCAUAUUGAAAUUUAGCUUGAAUGUCAUGACGCCGGUAGUUCUCCAAGCGUAGUCAUAGCAAAGUGAAACUCUGGGUCUCUGGGGCGGGUUUAGGUUUCUGCUCCCUCUCAUCCUGAACCACAGCCCCUAAAGACCACGCACAACCGUGGAGACCAACACAAGAAACCUUUCACAUGCAUCCCUCCUCACAUGUAUAGACGGACCCCUUUAACUUAUUAACUUAUUUAUUUAUUUAUUGAAGAGAACUUUCCCUAACCUUAAGCUUUUUUAUAUAGUCGCAACCUUUCCUCUUUAUGUCCUCCUCCUCCAAAAAAAAAAACGGAUAAAAAAAUUAAAGAAAAUCAUUACAAAAAAAAAAAAAGCUCCACCUUGCCAGAUCACCAUCUACGACUGCCUUGUACACAGUUUCCUUAAAACGAGAAUGUAAAUAUGUGGCAUGAGGUUCCGACAUCACUGCUGACCUCAGAGGUGGCCUGUGAGUGCAUGUGACUGCAAUCUUAUGUUUAUGUGUGCAUACUUUCAGAAACAAAUCUGGACAAGAGGCUCCCAUGUGGGCUGCGGAGCGCAAAUGCAGCUGCAUCACACACGGGCGCUCACAUGGGGGGGCUGAACAGAUCAGCAACAACAUACACUCUCACACACUCACGCACACACGCAUGCACGCUACUCAGUGAGAAUGUGUACCAAGGGAAGCUUGGCAAGGACAACGGAGUCUGGACGCGACUUGGGACAGCAGAGCUUCACAUCUUCUAUGUACUGUAUUAAAUCCGAUUCAGUUUGUGUUUCAGCGGCUGCUCCCGGGAGUUGUACUCUACUUCCAAUUGAGUUUGAAUUAUGUUUAAAUUUCUUUUAUUUUUUUUUGGUAUGAAGAGUUGCUAAGUAAGUUUAGUCUACACACGGGCUGUGAAAGCAUGUUUUACAGUCCAAAAAUUUGUUAGCUGUACCAACAAAACUUAAAAAUACCAGUUGAGUUCAAAGUGACGGCCCUACACAAUGCAAGCAAUGUCAAAACAUAAGGACAAAAAAAAAAUGCUGUAUUUGUUAUUCCACAAAAAGUAUCAGAAAAGGAAUGUUUAAGUACUCCAAGGAAUUUCCUUUUCUGUAAAAUGAUCCCUAUGCAAUAAAUGGGCCAACACUUACCGCGUUUCCGUCAAUGUUUUUUUUAUUUAUUCUCAUUUUAAAAUAUCUUGUAUGACUGAAACAGCAAAAUUCAAAAUAACUUACUCAAUUUCACAAAAAAUGUUUUUACGCUCGCUCGAGGCGGGUUUUUUUUAACUUCGUCUUCAAAAAAGAGACAAUGGGCUGAAGGGAAGACAAAAAAACAUUUGCUGAUGCGUUCUGAUGUAGCGAACUUUUACCUCACGUGACUGAUCAUUUGUUUCUGCUGUUGGCGUUUGCAGUUAUUUCUCCUGACAUCAUGUAACAUCACAGAUACUGGGUGACAUGACAGAACGUUUACAACUUGGCCAAUAGCCACACAUUCCUGAAAACCUCUCUUUAUUUUUCUGGGACACGUGCUCCAUUCUAGUUCACAACCUCUACAACCAUGUGUAGCGUCAAUAUCUAACAAAGUCACGUUUUGCGUAGCCUGGUUGAUUCGCUCCAAACCGAUAGUAAGAAGAACGCUUAAUUUGCAUUUUCUUUUUUGCGACAUUUUAAAAAGUUGGCUCAAAAUUCAUCUGAUAAUUGAACGGAAACACAGCUACUGUCUUUAACUCCUAGACCUAAAUAGACUAACUCUGCAUGGACCUUUGUAAUCUCUUUAGCGCGUCAUUUCUUUCAACAGUGCUAUUUGCUUCUUCAUCCUUAAAUAAAUGCUGCCUCUUUGACGCCAUGUUUUCCCUCACACAACUAACGACCUCAGUAGUUGAACUCCACACAGCUAUUGUUCAAACGGACCUCUUUCAAUGAUUCUAUUGCACUGAGCCGGCAGCGUGGCUGUUGGGUCUGUUGGUUUCUGCUACUAUACAACACCUGCUAGUAAACAAUUGGUAAUGUGGAAUAGUUUGUGAAUCAGUAGUCCAGUGAAAGCAGUCAUUGGACCAGUGAUUGGAGUAGAAGUGCAAUCUCACUUCUACUCGCAAUCUCAAGUAGAAGUGAGAUUAAACCGCAAUCUCAACAAAGAUCUUGAACAAUGUUCCUACUAUGGAAGAGCUUCCAUUGACUUUCGAUUUGCUUCUGGGUUGUAGCCAUUGUACCAUCCAGCUGAGUCCCUCCGAUUAUUGUCUUCAAUUCUGUAAUUUAAAAUAACUUUAACAUUUAAAGGACUAAAACGUGCUUAUUCCUAAUGGGAUCACUUGGAAAAGCACCAGAUUGUCUGGACUAAACCUACAAAAGACGUACAUGAGAGGACUCCUGCCUCUGCCUGUCCCAUGUCUGUUUCACGUCCUGCUUCUGUAGCUUUACUUGUUUGGUUUGUUUCUCGAUGAUCUGAACUUGGAUGUGGAUGUCUAAUAUUACAACAUUACGACUGUAUAAGACCUUGUCUAGAUAUUUAGCAACAUAUUCUGUGUGGGAGUGCUUUGGAAAAAUUAUGCAUCAGAUCAAAAAGUCCUAGUAUAAGAAUGACAAUGAGCAAUAAAUUAUAGACCGUUUUUUUAUUGAAUGUUUUACAAAAACAUUUACCUUACUGAAUAAAGUAGAAGAUUUUUAGACAA